GUUAUUUGAAGAAACAAGAGUAGCACAUAUACCUGAAAACUGAAAACCCUAGGGUUUUAGGAAGAAGAGAAGAAUGAGUUUGGUUGCAGGGUCGUACGAGAAAUUCAUCUGGGGUCUCACCCUAAAGCCCCAAUCACAAUCCCUAACGCCUCUUUUCUCCUACCCUUCCCACCUCUCUUCCAUCAAAACCGUCGCCAUCUCAGGCUCCGUCGUCGCUUCCGGCGGCGACGACGACACCAUUCACCUCUACGACCUCUCCGCCGCCUCCUCCCUCGGUUCCCUCCACCAACACUCUGCCUCCGUCACCGCCCUCUCCUUCUACGCCCCUCCCAAUCUCCCCUUCCCCCGCAACCUCAUCUCCGCCGACGCCGCUGGCUCCCUCGCCAUUUUUGACGCGGACGGCUUUGUCCAUCUUACCACGCUCUCUGUCCACCGCAACGCCGCUAUCAACGACCUCGCCCUGCACCCGUCCGGUGAGCGCGCCCUCACCGUUGCCCGUGACAACUGCCUCGCCGUCGUCAACCUCGUCCGCGGCCGCCGCAACUGCUGCUUGCGCCUCGACAAGGAAGCUACUCUGGUCAAGUUCAAUGCGUCCGGCGACCACUUUUUCAUGGCCGCGAAGGAGAAGGUUUCUGUCCACCAGACUGAGGAUGCACGCAUAUUGUUCGAAUUGGAAUGCUCCAAGCCCGUUCUCUGCGCUGCUCCUGCCAGGAAUGGACUUCUUUACACGGGUGGUGAGGACAAAAGUAUGACAGCAUGGGAUAUCAAGACUGGAAAAGUUGCAUAUUGCUUGGAAGAUGCACAUACAUCCCGUGUCAAAGGUAUUGUUGUGCUCACGGAUACUGAUGGUUCUACGGGGGAUGAUGAUCCUUACCUGGUGGCAUCUGGAUCAUCUGAUGGCAGUAUACGUGUCUGGGAUGUUCGAAUGGUGGCUAGAGAGAAACCACUAGCUGAAUAUAACACACGGUCAAGAUUGACAUGCCUUGCUGGAACAAGUCUGAGAUUCCGACGGCAAAAGCCCCAGGAUGGGAGUAAAUCAAAGACAGUCAAACGACAAAGACUCGAGGCUGGAAAGAAUGCAAAGGCAGAUGAUGAAACGAAAGAAGGUUAAUCAAUAGCUUUGAAGAUGACAUACUUGACAAAAGGUGAUUUUAUAUCAGUUGCAGAAUUUUGAUCCUGCUACACUCUGCAUUUCUUUGUUACACCCAAAUGCUAAUUUGGCUGUGAAUGGGUACUUCACGAUGACAUUAUCAACAAUUUUCUAUCAUGUAUGUAUAAUUUUUAUUCAAUAUAAAAUUUAUUAUCGACACUUC